AUGGAUAUGGCUCUGCUCAGCAGCAUCCUGGCCACCUACUCCUUUGUCUCAGAAAACCCUGAGCGAGCGGCCCUGUACUUCGUGUCGGGCGUGUGCAUCGGGCUGGUCCUCACCCUGGCUGCCCUGGUGGUGAGGCUGUCCUGCCGCGCGGACUGCCAGCGGCGGCCCCGUGCCCGGAAGAAGUUCCUGCCGGACCAACAGAGCAGCAGUGACAGCAGCGACAGCAGCGACAGCGAGGACGGCAGCUCGGACAUCUCGGUCCGGAGGCACCGCCGCUUCGAGAGGACUUUGAACAAGAACGUCUUCACUUCGGCGGAGGAGCUGGAGCGCGCGCAGCGGCUGGAGGAGCGGGAGCGCAUCAUCAGGGAGAUCUGGAUGAACGGGCAGCCCGAGGUGCCGGGGACCCGCAGCCUGAACCGCUACUACUAG